GCUCCGCCUCUUCCUGCGGCGGCCGCGCAGCUGCAGCCAUGGCGCCUCGCAGGGAAGCGGCUCUGCUGCUGCUGCUCCUCGUUCUGCCGCCGGCCAGCGCGGGGCUGAGCGGCUACUUCGGCACCAAGUCCCGCUACGAGGAGGUGAACCCGCACCUGGUGAGCGACCCGCUGUCGCUGGGGCCCGGGGCGGGCGGGUCGCUGCCCGCCUCCUGCACUCCGCUGCAGCUCCGCGCCGUGCUCCGGCACGGCACCCGCUACCCCACGGCCGGGCAGGUCCGCCGGCUGGGCGAGCUGCACGCCCGGCUGCUCCGCCGGGCCGCGGGAGCCGCCGCCUGCCCCGCCGCGGUCGCCCUGGCCGACUGGCCCAUGUGGUACGAGGAGAGCCUGGACGGGCGGCUGGCGCCGCAGGGCCGGCGGGACAUGGAGCAGCUGGCCCGGCGCAUGGCCGCCCGCUUCCCCGCGCUGUUCGCCGCCCGCCGCCGCCUGGCGCUGGCCAGCAGCUCCAAGCACCGCUGCCUGCAGAGCGGGGCCGCUUUCCGCCGCGGGCUCGGGCCCACCCUCGACUUCGGCGGCGGCGACGAGGUGGAGGUUGAAGUUAACGACUCCCUGAUGCGGUUCUUUGAUCACUGUGCCAAGUUUGUAGCCCUGGUGGAGGAGAAUGACGCGGCCAUGUGCCAAGUGAACGCCUUCAAAGAGGGGCCUGAGAUGAAGAAGGUCCUGGAGAAGGUGGCCAGUGCCUUGUGUUUACCAGUGGAGGAGCUAAAUGCAGAUCUUGUUCAAGUGGCUUUUCUCACCUGUUCAUAUGAGCUGGCCAUAAAAAAUGUGACCUCCCCGUGGUGUUCGCUCUUCAGUGAAGAAGAUGCCAAGGUGCUGGAAUACCUGAAUGACCUGAAGCAGUACUGGAAGAGAGGCUAUGGCUAUGACAUCAACAGUCGCUCCAGCUGCGUUCUGUUCCAAGAUAUAUUCCAGCACUUGGACAAAGCAGUGGAAGAGAGCAAAAGCUCCAAACCCAUUUCUUCACCUUUGAUUGUCCAAGUUGGGCACGCAGAGACCCUCCAGCCCCUGCUUGCCCUGAUGGGUUACUUCAAAGAUGAUGAGCCUCUCCUGGCCACCAACUACGCCCGGCAAGCACAGCGGAAGUUCCGCAGCGGCCGCAUCGUGCCUUACGCAGCCAACCUGGUGUUCGUGCUCUACCACUGCGACCAUGUGAACGCCUCCCAGGAGGAGUACCAGGUGCAGCUGCUGCUCAAUGAGAACCUGCUGACCUUCCAUCACUCCAACAACACCAUCUCCACCUACACGGACCUCAAGGACUACUACAAGGACAUCCUGGAAAACUGCCACUUCAAAGAGGAGUGCGAGCUGCCCAAAGUCAACGUCACUGCUGUUGAUGAGCUGUGAGGGAAUGAAACGGUCAAACUGGCCUGGGUUUGGUUCCACAGGCGUUGGGAACAAGCACUUUGGAGGAUUUGCUGCUGCUGUGUUGACUUUCUAACCUUGCAGAUUUGGGGGGGUUGUCUCAGCUCAGUGCACUGGUUCUCUUGCGUAAGCAGAGCUGCAUAAACAACUGCUGUCAUGGGGAAGUUGUAACAUGUGUGAUGCAAGACAAAUACCUGUGCUUAUGUGUGCAAAUAAGCUGAUUUCAUUGGUCACUGCUGUUAUGCAUGGGCCAUAGAUGGAUUUAAGAGCUGGGGCAGCAUCUACUUCAUUGGAUCUGAAGGUGGUUGGGACUAAUUUCAGUGUUGCUUUGUGCUGCCUGUGUUUCUAGCUGCUGUUUUUCCUGUGCCACGCUUUUUUUUGAUCCUUUUCCCAAGCUUCUAGAAGGGAAAGGGUACAUAGUUCUUCUCCACAGCUGCACAACUUCUGCCUGGACAGCACCAUUUCUAUUUUGGGCAUUUUAAAGCAGGAGUUCCUGCAUGCAUCACCUGCUUGAAAAGGGGCAAGGAAUUAAAAGUCUUAAGGUCAUCAUUGACUCAUCCUGCAUAGCAAGAUAGUCUUCAGGGCUGUCAGCAGUUAAGCAGGGAGGAAAAUGUGCUGUUGGUGCUCUGUGUUUUGAGGAUGCUCUGACUCACUUGUCUGGCAGAAUUAGAGGCUCAGUGUGGAAAUUUUGCACCAUUGUGGCACUACAGAAGUGUUGGCACAUGUAAAUGCUCCAGGCACUUAUUCUGGUUCUUAGCACUGGGAAGGUGACUUCACUCUGAUCCUUUUGUAUAAUAAACCAAGACAUUUGUUUAGAUAAUUAAACUAAAGUGGAUCAAAAUACUUCUCCAAAGUUGGGCACUAGCUCAGUAUGCAGUUUGUGCACAUUCCCACAUCCUGCACAAGUCCUGCAAGACAAAUAAUGCUUUCUCCUCCUUCCUGUGCCUCUGGAAGCCUCAUCUCAGACAUCUGUCAAGGACUUUCUUUGCAACCUUUCUGAAACUGGAAGCUUUCACUGAUGGAAAUACCAACAGUGUUCUUGUAUGCUGGCCUUCAAUGUGUGACGUACAUUUUGGUUUGUUAAAUGUUUAAUCUUUCUGGCAAAUGAAUUUUUUUUGUCUAGUAAGAGCUGCUGCUGUUCUGGUUAGUGUGGAGCUGUCAAAUGCAGGUUUGAAAUGAGCUGGUACUAACUGGAUGAAUUUGGAGUACUUGUGGAUUUUUAGUGCUGUGAAAUAAAACUGCACACUUCUUGUCUGUUUUCUGAGCAGCAAUAAUGACAUGAUCACUGGAAUCCUGGUUGUGUUUUCCUUCAGAAUACAGUUGGGAGGCUGCUUUA